AUGGCUAGACAUCAGUGUGGUAAGCCAAUUCAUCGAAGAUCAAAAAUCAUUGGUGGUGAAAAUGCCGAAAAAGGAGAAUUUCCUUUUCUAGUUUCUUUAAGAGGUCCCGAAGAACCUGGGGCAAUUCAAGUACUUCACAAAUGCGGUGCAGUUUUACUUAAUAAAAGAUGGUUACUCACUGCUGCACACUGCGUGUUUGAGUACAGAAAGUCGUACUUGCCUUUUUUGAAAGCUCGUCUUGGAGAAUAUGAUGUAUCCACAAAUGCAGGAAAUCACCAAGAAAUUGGAGUUGAGAGCCUUGUCACGCAUCCGCAGUACCAGGAGCCUUAUCGCCAAAGCAAUGACAUUGCCUUACUGAGACUGAAGAAAGAUGCCGUUUUUAACGAGAAUGUGUGGCCUGCCUGUCUUCCAUCUCCAGGCACAGAUGUUACAGGAAUGAAUGCAACUGUAGCUGGAUGGGGUCAGACGUCCAUGCUACCAAACGGCUAUAAAAAGAGCGUCUUGCAGAAAGUGAAAGUUCCCGUGUUAUCCAAUGGAGUCUGCUUAAAAAUGUUUGGAGAAGCAGGACAUAGCUAUCCACUUGAAGAAAAUCAACUGUGUGCAGGAUACAGGGAAGGAGGAAAAGAUUCCUGUCAAGGAGAUUCUGGUGGACCGUUAUUUGUGACGCAGAACAACCAGUUUACAGUCAUUGGAAUCGUAUCUGCUGGAAUACAGUGUGGAAGUCCUUUACUCCCUGGCAUCUAUACGAGGGUGCUUUCUCAUUUAGAAUGGAUAGCUAAUAAGAUAAACAGUUAAAAACUUAAAGAAAUAAGCUGGAAUCAAAAUUUAGUGAAUACUUUCAUGAAACCAGUAACCAAUUCGCUGAACCUUUGUAUCUUCCAGCAACGUUGGAAUAUAUGCUUUUUAAGUAGUUGAGUCAUACAGAAAUGUAGUACUACUACAUGAGGGAGUGCAAUGAAAAUACCUUACUGGAGAAAAUUUUUUUCUUUUCCUGUUGAGAUUGAUAUUAUGUUUUCUUGUGUCAAAAUUGAUAUUUGUAGACGAAAAAGAAUUUUUUUUUUUUUUUUUUUUUUUAACUUUUUAUACUUGGGCAGAAUUUGUGAUGUUCAAAACUUUAGUCCAAGAAUAUUAGAAUCAAUGCACUAGCAGUCAAACCAAAUUGAGUUGUCUGCUUAUAAAGACAACGUGUAAGUCUGACUUUGAGAUAUUGAAAAGUUUAGACAUUAAUGAAGGAAUAACUGAAAUACUGAGAAUGAUUUAUAUUAAAUCAAGAUGUAAGUCUUAAAGAGUAUGGACUUUUUAAUACCGAUUACCUUUUUUAAAUCUCAUUAUGUUGGAAGACUGCAAUUGAGAAAAAUGGACAGUGUAUAUUUUUGACUGGUUCGACAUACCAAAUGAUGCGAAACUCUCUUUGUUGGUCAUCAAAUAUUUUUUAUUUUGUUACAAAUCAUCACAACACUAAUUGCUAUGCUAUGCAGAGUAUUGGACUAUCUCAAAGAAGUUGCAUAUUUAGACGGCAGAAUAUCUAGAUCAGAGAUGACCAACUUCUGCAGUUACGAAGACCAUUUGAAGAUGUGUGUUGGCGUCAGUGGUGACGGAAUGCUUUUGCUGCAAGAGCAUGUUCUGGAGUAAAUAAUAUGGCUUAUUUGAAGGCACUAGUAAUAGGCAAUUAAAAUUAUUUUUAUUAAUAGAAUUGUAGAUCGAAGAACAUAGAUGCAAAAUGUUAAAAUGCAUAAAAUAAGGAUCUUAAAAUCCAUUUCGAGUAAUUUUUUUCCUAAAAUAUUUACGUCAAAUUUUAAGGUUUCAAAGUCAUACAGGAGGUUAACGAAAACUCUGCGGUUUCACAUAAGGAACAAACUAGUUAAUUAAAAUCACUUUUAGUAAUAUUCUUGAAAUUUUUACAAGAGUUUUAAAAAUGAUCUGAGGAUAUAAAAUUCUUCAAUUAAUGACAGAAGCACUAAUAAAUUUCGGUAAAUUUGUUGUGAGCUAAAAAUAAGACCUCAGUAGUUCUAGUUGGUCUUCUCUGAUUUAUAUUCUUAAAAAAGCGAAUUCUUCUCACAACUGCAAGUGAUUAUAUUUUUUUAACCUUAGAUAAAUUUCAGUUACCUAAUAGUCAGAAAAAUAGAACACGAAAAAAAAAUUUUUUUUUGAAAAAGAUAAACUUCGAACACAGUUGUAUAUUUCUCUGCAUACAGUUUAAAAGUUAUUCAUUUGUUAAGUUUGUUACUUUUAAAAAAUUGUUUUAUUCGUGUUUUUGUCAUUCUAGUCAGAGCUAGUCCUGAUUUUAGUCAUUAUUUCAUCUAUUGUACAUAAUAUGUUUUAAAUAGUGAAAUGAAGAAACCAUUUGUUUCGUAACCACGGCUGAUUUUAAAAGCAAGUACACAUUUCAUUGUUAUAUAUAUAUAUUCUUUUUAAAGCUCUAGUCAAAUAAUUACAUGCAUGUAUUGUUUCAUAUGUCAUUUUUUAUGUUUGAAAUAAAAACAUCGUUA